AUGAAGACUAUUCUUCUCCUCGCUCUCGCCAUCGCGGCAAUAUCACCGUCUCCUCCUAUUGAGGAUCGUCAUAAUAAUAAAAAUGGAGAUGCUCAUCGCAACGUGCUCUCUGCCUCUUAUCCUAGUCGUGUCUAUCGUGGUGCCGGUGAAACUUCCAACCUCAAAACCCUCCUGUCCCAAAUCCAAAUGGUGGCUCGUGUGGUGAACGGAGUCUCACUCCGCGCAGAGAUCUCAUCUGGCCUCAUCCCUCCCGAUCAGCUGAUCGCAGAACUUCUCAGUUUUGGCACCGCCACCCCAUCGCAAAUCAUUUCGAUCGAUAACUCGAAAAUUCAAUUGGAUAUCGACGCGAUGAAGAAGAUCCCGGAGAGUCUGAAAGGGAAACCAGAUGUCGUGGAGGUGGAGAAGACGUUGAAGGCGUUGGAGAGUGUUUUGGUGGAUACUGUGGAUACGGUAGCGUUGAAGAAUACCACGGGGGUGAAGGAGAUGAAGGAGUUGAUUGGGGAACUGAAGGCGAAGAGGAUGAUAGAUCCGAUUAGGACCGAUUUUGUUACUUCCAAAAAAUCGUGGUCUACUGCUAUUGAUGCUCUCGGAAACGACGAUAUGUCCCAAGAACUUGCGCUUGCAAAAGUUUAUUUCGGGCAAAUAAAAAAAGUUUUGACCUCCAUAAACACAGUCAAAGUUAAACUGGGAAAAGCGGCUCCUGCAUUUCCAUCAGCAUUCCCAUCAGCCAUCGCCUCCCUCACCCCAACCCUCUCCGUCGCCAAAGAAGCCUCCAAAUUCAAAUCCAAGAUAACCGACUUCUCACGGACCGCACAACAAUGGACGGCCUACUCCAACUUCAUUGGUGACUUCCGCAAGACGAUGGACACAUUGAAGCCCUCCCUCUCCAGUAUCCAAGCUGUCAAGUCUGUCGUGGAUGGUCAGAAUCCUCGGAAGACUCAUCGGAAUCAAACACUCGAGUACACCUCCGGAUUCCCACAUGGCGCUUCUGACAUGGCGAUGGUGUUUGUGGAUUUGACGGAUGCUUGGAUGAAAGGGAUCCUGAAAACCGAUCAGUUACAGUUGGCACUGGAAGAGUUGAGGAAUGUGGAGGUGUUGGCGAAGAAGGUGGAGGAUGUGUUGAGGGGACAAGUGGGCGGAGCUAUCGAUCCACUGGACAAGGCAGUUGCGGACUUUUAUCCUGGUGCGGAUGGCAGUGAGAUCACAUCUGGAAUCGCUGAAAUCCAAAAAUGCGCUCUCAACACAAAUGAGUCGGCGGCGGUGGUGGCGGUGGUUCCUGAUAUCCAAAAACUCCUGGAGGAAAUUGACAAGCAGUUCAAGGCACUCGGUAAAGGAAUCGAGACUUAUAAGAAGGCUGCAAGUGAACAGGAAUUCGUGAAGUUGUCUGGCACUAUCAAUGGAAUUUGCGACAAAGCAGCGCAGGCGGACGAUAAGGGUCUCCAGAAGCUAGUCGGGGACAUGAAAAAGCAGAACUUGACUGUCCUGGGAGCUACUGUCAAUUCCAUCUACUCCACAGUUACCCAAAUCGAUUUAGCCGUCACAACCAUUCAAAGCAACUCGGAAAAAAUCUCAAAACGAUUCGCCGACCUCGACACGUUCUACACCAACGCCGGUGCCCUCAGCACCUACUUGGAAUGUGUCAAGAGCAAGCAGAACCUAAAAUCUGUAAUUGAUGUUAUGGCAAAGAUAGAAAAUCUUCGGAAGUUCGAUGUGAAGAGCCUUGAUGCCUUGGAUGGUGGACUAGAGGUGGUGAGGACAGUGAGUAAGACGGCGGAUGACUUGAAAAAGCUUAACAAUUCGAUCAAUGAGAUUAAGAAUGCUCCAAUGAAGUAUAAGUCGAUUCAAAGGAUAGAGAACGCCAAUAACCAUGCAAAAGUUAUUGGAUCGGCGGUUCAAGCGGUGUCGAAUAUGCAGAAUGCUCUGGAGAAGAGAUCGGAGGUGGAGGCGAUUUUGAAGAGUAUUGAUGUGACAGUGAUCCAGAAGUAUAGCGUGAAUACGACGGAAUUAGAGGGAUUGCUCCAGAUGAAUGGCUCGAUUGUCAAGAUGUUUGGAGCGUUGGAGACAUUCAAGUCAUCAGUAUCCAUCAGAAAAGUGUCCAACCUGGCUGACCAGACGGAAAUCUUUGAAAAAGCUCGAGCAAUCACUGGAAUCACCGGAGACAUUCAAAAGAUGCGUGCCGGUGUGGAGAAUCUGAAGGAGUGGGUUGUGAAGAUGACGUCCCAGGAACAGCAAGCGUUGAAGACACUCCAGUCACAACUCGACGCGAUGGAUUCGAUGGGAAUGGAGUUUGUCAAGUAUCAUGGAAGUUUUGAUGGUGUCAAGAAGUCGUUGGGUGUGUUCGACGCGUUUUUCGUGGAUUUCGCGAGCGAUCUUGCUGGGUUGGCUGAGGAGGAGGACUCGAAGUGGAAGGAGGAGAGCAAUGAGGAUGGCUUUCCUAUUCUCAUCAUCGUCCUCGUAUUCAUUGGUCUCUUGCUGCUCAUCGCCUCGAUCGGAAACUUCAUCUGGAAUCGAAAAGACAACGACUCGUUCCACUUGUUCUACUAUCGUUUCUACCCCCAUCCGAAGUGGGAGAGUCCAUCGACGUCUUGUAUGAAAGGAUACGUGAAUAUGAUGGCGGAGUUGGUGAAUACGACGUAUAAGACGGAGACAGAGAAGACACCGACACUUAAAAAGAAGGAUGUAUUUGGAACGGCUUUCAAGGCGGAGUACGAGAAAUACGCGCCGAUUGGGCAAGAUGUGAUACCCAAUAAGAAGAUCGACCCCAAAUUUUGCACAACGUCAACUCCUAUCAUAGCCAGCACGGCGCCUGUUCUGAAAGGCUACGGUAAUCUGAUCGACAACCCGAAUGGCGAAAUUCACGCGAAUGUUGUCAAUCUCGCUGAUCGAAAGACAUUGUGUUUGGCACAGACACCACGACAUGAUAAUAGCAAGACCUGUACGGUGGAGUCCUAUUGGUGGAUGGUCAAACAGAUGAAGGCGAAGACAGUCAUUCAUUUCAAUGCGCCCGGUGAAUGGAGAUAUUACCCAACGAAGACAAAACAAUGUUUUCGCGAAUAUCAUUCUAAAUGUCUCGAAGUGCAUUGUAAGACGGCCGGGGAACGCGACGUCGACAGCCAAAUUGCGACCCACAGGAUUUCUGUUGAGUUCAAAGGCCAAGCCCCCCACACUGUCACUCUUCACGAUCUCGAAAUUGGCGCAUCAGGAUAUCCAACGGCGAAACAAAUGGCCGCCCUUCUGAGAACUGUCGUUAAACAGAAACGUCCUGUUGUCAUCGAUUGCGCUGAUGGAGCACGUUACAGUGGACUCCUUGCAUUCGCCGCCAUAACGACUGGCUUCGUGUUGGAAGAGAAGAAAGAGGCGUCACCCUAUAGCACGUUGUUCGAUGACGCCAUGAGACAGUUGCGAAAAACCCGGAAAGGAUGUAUUCGUGAUGCGAAAGACUUUGCGUUCGGUGCGAUGAUUGUUCUGGAGUAUCUCAAUUUGGUCAGAGAAGAGAUGGGCGCCACAGCGGAAGACUCAAAAACGUUGCGAGAAGGCUGGGAUCUAUGGGAGGCGACACCAACGCCAGUUUCUAUGCUAGCGAUUCUACCGAAUACAGACAAGCCUGCAGAUGAUACUAAAAAUAAGAAGAUUGACGUACCAGCACCAGUUACUACAAAGGAUAAUGAAGCUGACAAGACGAAGGACGACGACGUGAAACCGCCCGUCGUCUCGACCACCUCGACCACCUCGACCACCGAAGGCCAAUCGAAGCCAAACGACAAAAUCGUGGAGGAGGAUGCAGGUGCGCUAGGCCAAACGGAUUCCGGUGGUAGUACGGUACCCGCCGAGGUGAUACCCGAUCCCCCCUCCGUGGAGGACAAAGUGAUUCAUGUAGACUGUACGAAAGAGGGAACGCGCCUUUACGAGGAACAAAAGCAGCUGGAAAAGGAACUCGAGAACAAUGUGCUGACGAUGAAGGAUCUCGGAGGUGGGGGGCCAUCUGGAGUUGCUGCCAGUGGUGCUGGAGCUGCCAGUGGUGCUCCAGAUGACCAGAAUCCGUUGUUCGAAACGACGAAUCCGGUGAUGCCGAAGAUACCGAAGAAAAAGAUCAAGAGCAAAGGAUCGAAAAGUAAAAAUAAGAAGAAGAAGAAGGUGAAGAAGCCGACAACUGAAUAUGAGGAGGACGCGCCGCCGACACCGGAGGAGAAAUUUCUUAACGAGACGGUUAUGGAGUAA